AUAAUUCUUCUGAUCGUCAAAAGACUGGAGGCCGAUGGCGGAGACCAAGACGACGAGCAAGAAGGGCGACCGGGUGGUGCCAUCGGGCUGGACGCGCGUCGAGAGCAAGAGCCGUCCUGGCGAGUGCUACUACCUCAACAAGAAGACGGGCCAGAAGACGUGGAAGUACUCGGAGAUGAUGAGCAGCAGUAAGGACGGGAAGCGGAAACGCGACGAGAAGGCCAAUUCGUCAUCGUCGUCCAAGCGGCCCAAGAGUGACGAGAAGCAGUCCAAGGUCGACGACGAAUCGACGGUGCACGUGCUCCACAUCCUCGUCAAGCACUCGGGCAGUCGCCGGGCGUCGUCAUGGCGACAGGACACGAUUACGCGCAGCAAGGACGUGGCAAUCCAGCGCCUCCAAGGCCUGCGCGACCAGAUCGUGCUGGCGGGCAAGCAGCACCGCGAUGCGAUCCGCGACAAGUUUGAGGCGCUCGCCAAAGUCGAGUCGGAUUGUAACAGCGCCAAGCGCGGAGGGGACUUGGGCCCAUUCGGGCGCGGCAAGAUGCAGCCGCCCUUUGAAGCCGCGGCCUUCGCGCUGGCGCCGGCCGAGCUCAGCGAGAUGGUCGAGACGGAGAGCGGUGUCCACAUCCUCUACCGUAUCAAGUAAUAGUAGCGUCGCCUGCUGUACAGACGUCGCCGUGUCUCUUGAGAAAGGUCGUAGGAGGAAAGCAAAGUAGCAUUAGAUAUCUAAAGGGCAAACACGUUGGCAAAGCCG